CUCUCUAGGUUUCUCUCCGCCCUCCCCACAAUGAACCUCUCGGGGACUCUCAACGUCUUCAAACUCCUCAGGGACCCGGCUCUCUGUCUGCCGCAUCACUCAUGCGCCACCUUCAACCAGCUCCCCGUCCCGUUGUCCAAGGCUUUUGCUGAGAAAGGCGGCGAUAUAAGAGCCGUGGUGCUGGACAAGGACAACUGUUUCGCCGUACCCCACGCCAAUGAGGUCUAUUCCGAGUACAAAGACAAAUUCGCAGAACUGCGCAAAGCCUACCCCGGCUCCAAGCUGCUUAUAGUAUCAAAUACAGCAGGGACAGCCUCAGACAUCAAGUACGCCGAAGCCGACCUGCUAGAACGCAACACCGGAGUCAAAGUGCUCCACCACAACGUCAAGAAACCAGGCUGCCGCGCCGAAGUCCUGGACUACUUCCGCAACGCCAAGGAUGCCGGCGUAACAUCGCCCUCACAAAUUGCCGUGGUAGGGGACCGUCUGUUCACUGAUGUCAUGAUGGCCAAUCUGAUGGGCUCGCGCGGUUUCUGGAUCACGGAGGGCGUCAUUGGGAAGGAGAAACUCAGCUUCUUUGCAAAGGUCGAACACCGCCUUGCGGCGUUUUUGCUGCAGAGAGGGUAUUCUGCCCCCGAGCCGAAGAGCGACCUCGAUUGAGGCUGCAGCGAGUGAUAUACUCGUGUAGCAUUGCUCGGAGAGCUUACCUGGAGCUCAAAAGUAUUAGAGUGUAUGAUGCCAUUAGUAUCUACAGCAUCGUGACGCUAUCUGGAAGCCUUUGACUGGAACUUGAAUAAACAUUAAUACCAUUUACG